AUGCAUGCUGGAAUAUCUAGUGUGCUGAUUGUUACUAUCAAUCUUUUAUAUGUCGCUGCAACUUCAUCUUCCAGCUCGGCUUCUCCUCCAAUCCAUGUCUGGCUUAAAACUGUAGAUGAAUGGUCUGCACCUCCGUUUGCUCUCGAAGUCAUCGAGUUUGCAGCAGAGGAAGUCCAAGAUUCUGUAUUCCCAUUGUUGUCGUUGAUGGCCAAGAAUGACUUGUUGGAUGCAUCAAAGAAACCCAAGCAGAUUUAUGAUGCUCUUUUCAGCUCUCAAACAGCUUCAGCACCAAUCAUUCAGCGCUUUUUAUCUUCUCAUGCAUCGCUAGGUUUGGCUAAACUGUCACUCGCCAUUCACAGUUCGGCACCACGUAUCCAGGCACACUAUCGCUUUUAUUUGCAGACAAUCGUUCCGUCACUUUCAAAACAUAAAGACUUUGAUCCGUCGUGUCCUGUGUGGGUUUAUUGGAAUGGUCGUCAGAUCUGUGAUGUGGGAGCUAUUGAUACUUUAUUUGAAUCUUCACUGAAUUCCAGCAACUCUGAUUACACUGUACUGCCAUUCGAUCAUACCUACCAGAAGCAUAAUUCUCCAAGUCUAGUUGCAAUUAUAUACGCAGAUGUAUUGUCAUCUGAAUUUAAACCUAUGCUUUCAGCUUUCAUGAAUGCAGCUGAAAACCAUCCACUGCAGCUCGUGCUAAGAUACAAACCCUCGACUUUUGCAAAACAGCCACUGUUCCUUUCAGGGUAUGGUGUUGAAUUGGCCAUCAAAAACACAGAGUAUAAAGUGGAAGAUGAUCGUACAUUGAAUUCUGAUACAAUCGAGACGUUUGAUGGUGACUUGGUAUCCACCAGCACAUCCGAAGAUGCGUUUCUGUUUGAAGCCAUUCCUAUAAUCAAGUCGUUGACCAAAGAAGAUAUCUAUGAUAUAGGUAUCAGAACAGCUAGCUAUAUUGCCCAAUCAGCCACUCCAUUGGAUACGCUCGUCCUGGUGACACAAAAUUUCCCAAAAUAUGCGCAUAUCUUGGCAAGUUAUCAUAUAGACGAUGAGGUGCGCGAAACAACAAAAAAAGUAAUGCAAAUAUCUACGGCUCCCAACCAACUCUACCUUAAUGGUCACACUGUAGACUUGUCUCGGAUCGAUACAUUUGAGCUAUUUCGUAUGAUUCGCAAAGAAUCUAAGAUCAUGGGUAAACUUCGCCAGUUGGGCUGGACAACUGCUCAAGCUAUUGAGCUUCUUUCUGCUCCGUUGUUAGAAUCAUUGGAUCGGUCAUGGGGAGAGUGCUUUGAUACUCGUUUUGAAAGCAUAAUCUGGCUUAGCGAUGUAGAAAAAGAUAGUAGAUUUAGCUUUCUCCCUGCAUCUAUUAGAGAUAUUAUGCGUCCAACCUACCCCGGGCAACUCAAGUACGUACGUAAAAACCUAUUGACUACAGUACUGAUGUUGGAUCUGACCAAGUCAAGCCACAUUACAGUUGCUACCACAGUGUUUGGAUUCAUUGAAGCCACAACACCAUUGAAGUUUGGUAUUGUGCCUUUAGUCAAUGAUGAGCACGGGGAGCAUCCUUGCAAUAUGAUUGCCAUGAUAUUUUAUCGGUUUAAAGAAAGCGGUCGUAAAAAGCAUAUUAAAAGUAUGAUUGAGAUGCUCGCCAAGUUUGCAGAAACAGAGGAGGGCGUGACGGCUUCUGUUGUCAAAUCCAUCUUUUCUAAAAUCACAAACAAGGAAUAUAGCGAGAUAUUUGGAGAGCCAAGUGAGAAAACCAAAGUGCUAUUGAAGGAUUUGUUUGCCUAUUCCGAGCGUUUGGGUGUUACACGGUCUGAUGGUGCGAUUUUUUCCAAUGGCAAAUACAUUGAAACCAAUGGAUUGUGGCAAAAAACACUCGUGGAAACCUACUUUUCCAUGGUCGAAUACCUGACAAAGGCUGUUUACUCUGGUCAAGUUGAUGACAACACAAAUUUGUGGGGGCAUUUUAUGACUCUAGAUAAUGUGUUUCGUAAACGAAAUGCUCUAGUGUUUCCUUCAUCCAAACAAGCUAUUAGUCUGGUCAACUGGCUCGAGUAUUCUGCAUCUAAAGUGUUUGAUACGUUACCAUGGAUGUAUCGUUCUGCUGAUGCCGAGUUUGCCGAGAUUUCUUUGAUUGUAGUCGGUGAUUUUUCUACACCACCCGGUCUUGAUUUUGCAUUAGCUGCGGUAAACUCGGUUGCUGCUAACGAUCAUCCUGUUCGAGUAGCAUUUCUUCAUAAUGGUUCUACCGACUCAAAGGAUACAGAAGUGUUUAUUGAUGAGGCGGCAUUCCAUAUUCUGCAAUUAUCAACUUCAAAAGAAGGUUCAACUCCUAUUGAAGCGCUCAAAGCAGCGGCUACAAAUAGUGACAAGUUUGAAAGAACCUCGGAAUCUUCAGAAUUUAACACCUUGCGGCACGAGGGAUUGGCUGCUGUUGUUGCAGCUACUAAACUUUUACCUGGGGAAUAUGCUGUCAUUGCCAACACCAGAGUGAUUUCCCAUAUUCCCGUAUCUCGUCUUUUUGACCAGCAUGAUUUUGAAUCGCUUCUUUCAUUUGAAUCGCAGAACCGGGCAAGCCAAAUGACCAAACUGAUUGCUUCGCUUCGCGACAAAGACCUUUCUCCUGCGGAACUGUCCAAUCUUCAUUUCAAGUCGCAGUCACUUGUUAUUGCUGCCAAUACUGCAACAAAAACUCCACAGCAUGAGGCUACUUCUAUCAAGCGUGUCUCUUCAUCAAAGUUUGCAGCUAUACGUAAUGCACCUGGUACAUUCUCUACUAGUGGGUUUGAUGAAGCUACUAUUCAUUUCACAGCUAUAAUCGAUCCUAUAUCUAAUGUGGGACAAAAGUUGGCAAGUGUAUUGGCAGGAUUUAGCAAAGUGGAUGGUGUGGCUAUUGAGGUGUUUUUAAACCCGCAGUAUCAUGCGGAUUUGGAAAAACUGCCAUUGUUUCGUUUUUAUCGCUAUGUGCUAAGAUCUGAACCAGAAUUUGAUACCCAAGGCAAUCUUGCCCCCGUUGGAGCAAGUUUCGAUCGUAUACCAGCCGCUCCUCUGCUUACUCUUGGUAUGGAUGUAGUAGGUGCGUGGCUAGUUCGACCCACAAAGUCCAUUCACGAUCUCGACAAUAUCAAGUUAUCGUCAUUGCCUCAUUUUCCUCGUGCUGUAGGUAUUGAGGCUGAUUUUGUUCUUCAAAGUAUUCUUGUUGAAGGGCAUGCUACUGAUAUACAUUCGGGUGGUUCGCCUCGUGGACUCCAAUUUGUUCUUGGUUCUGAGACUGAUCCUAAUAUGGUGGAUACGAUCACCAUGGCUAAUUUGGGAUAUUUGCAGCUUAAAGCAAAUCCUGGUGUAUGGCACUUGCGUAUUCGUGAAGGCCGAUCGCGCACUAUUUACAACAUGGAUUCGUUGAGCUACAUGUCGUCCAACGGCACUUUUGUGGAAAGUUCGAAACUUGGUGAUGAUGGAGCACUGGUCGUGGUAGACACAUUUGAAGGUGUGACAGUGUUUCCCAACGUAAAUGUUCGGCCUGGCAUGGCAGGCAAAGACGUAUUGGCUGAUUCUGACCAAGCCAAGCCUGGGUUUUGGAACACGGUCAAACAAGGCGUAAAAGAAGUUUUUGGUGGUGGUAUUUCCACAUUGGAAACCAUCAACGUUUUUUCAGUAGCCUCAGGCCACCUCUACGAACGCUUUCUUUCCAUCAUGAUGCUAAGCGUAAAACGUCAAACCAAAAACCCUGUCAAGUUUUGGCUGAUUGAGAACUUUUUAUCUCCUUCAUUUAUGGAAUUUCUUCCAUAUUUGGCUAAAAUGCACAAGUUUGAUUACGAAUUGGUCACAUACAAGUGGCCAAAAUGGCUUCGCGAGCAAACAGAGAAACAGCGAAUCAUUUGGGGAUACAAAAUCCUAUUUUUAGAUGUGCUGUUUCCGCUUAAAAUUGACAAGGUGAUUUUUGUUGAUGCUGAUCAGGUUGUUCGAGCCGAUUUGAAAGAGUUGGUUGAUUUGGAUCUGCAUGGUGCUGUAUAUGGGUAUACACCAUUUUGUAGUGAUCGAACUGAAAUGGAUGGAUUUAGAUUUUGGAAUCAAGGUUUUUGGCAAGGUCAUUUGCGUGGUAGACCCUAUCAUAUUAGUGCACUUUACGUGAUUGACUUGGUUCGAUUCAGAGGAGUAGCUGCGGGUGAUCGACUUAGACAGCAAUACCACACGCUUAGUGCAGAUCCCGAUUCCUUGGCCAAUCUUGACCAGGAUCUCCCCAACAGCAUGAUUCAUCACAUUCCAAUGUACUCGUUGCCACAGGAAUGGCUGUGGUGUGAGACCUGGUGUAGCGACGAGUCUCUCAAAAAAGCCAAAACGAUUGAUUUGUGUAAUAACCCGAUGACUAAAGAGCCAAAGCUGGAACGUGCCCGUCGCAUUCUUCCAGAAUGGGAGGGAUUGGAUCAGCAAGUGCAUGCAACACGCGCCGAGUUUGAUGCAGCAAGACAAGCUGCAGCAAAAUUGACAGUUGUAAAAGCCAAUGACGGUUCUGAUCGUGAUGAGUUGUAGGACGGUUCAAGUUGUGAAAGUCUGGAGCUUAUUUCGAAUAAAAAGAUGUUUAAAUUUA